UAUACAAGUCUUAUGUGCUACUAUCCUUCUUCCGCUACUAUUUAUCCCUUUUUUCGAGCCUUGGGUAAUUUACACUGAUGUCUUUGAGUAGCUGGAGAAUGAUAGCCAAGCCUUACAAUCUGAUUUUCCAGUUGAAAUAUACAGUAUUCUCCACUAUGGCUCUGACCCAAAAAAAUAAUCACAAAUAUUUGUGAUCUCAUGAAAUCAGCUCAUUAGCUAUAAAAGAGACCAUUGCCUAUAUUGUUGCCAUGGUUCUGGCAAUUUUAUGAUGUCAGGAAUCAUGGUAAAAUGAUGUCACAACCAAAUGGAACCCUUGGAAUACCUUCUCCAUUACCAGCCUCACUAGUGCAGCCUCCAUAUGGAAUGAUGUGGAUGUGGCAUAUGGAAAAGAUGGGAUGGGUUGCGGCCUCGGCUACCCUUCUUUUCUUCUUUGGAAUUUUACUGGAGCCUCUUAGGUGGCUGGAUGCAGCGAUACAGCCGUGUCCAGACUCAUGCCAUUGUACAUUGAAAAUCCUCAACUGCAGCAGGAUUACCAAUUUUCCUGGUCUCAGCCAUGUGCCUGUUCCAGAGCCAUUUGGUCAUCCCUAUAUUUUUGUCAUGCUGGAUUUUACUGGAAACACAGUUUCUUCCAUUAACAAACGGGUGUGGUGGGCCUAUCCUUGGACUGAAUACUUGAUCUUCAAGAACAAUCACUUGAGCCGACUGGAUAAUGCGUCUCUAGAUGGCUUGCUUUCACUCAUACAUCUGGAUGUCUCAUAUAAUCGAAUACAGACCAUUGAGAAAAAUGCAUUUGAACCUGUUCCACUUCUGCAAUCUAUCAAUCUCAGUGGCAAUCGUAUUGUGCGGAUAACACAGGGGGCUUUUCAGGCCUGGCACGGAAUGCAGUUGCUAUACAAGUUGAUUCUCAACCAUAACCCACUGAGAAAGAUUGAGGAUUCCCAUUUCUACAAAUUGCCCUCACUGAAAUACCUGGACCUUGGCUCUACAGAAAUAACCAUAGACAUACUAGAGAAUUUGCUCAAAAUGUCCUUCAAGUUGAAAACUCUUAUUUUGCCUAGGAAAAUGUCCUGCUGCCUUUGCCAAAAUCAGGAUGCCAUUGAAACCUUUUCUAAUACCAUCAAGUUGGAUUGCUCCAAACAAUGUGUCUCAAACAUCUUUGACUAUGAGAAAGAGGAACUUUGGGAAACUAUGCAAGAUGAUGUAAAGAAAGUACUGGAAUCCAGAAAAUUAAAUGCCACCAACAUACUAAAUAUUAUCCCUGAAAAACCUGAACUUCAUAAUGUCACUCUAUCAGUCUUGGUGACCCAUGGACGUACACAUUUAGGUAUCCAUUUUCAUAAACACACACCAGAUAUUCUUAAAUCAGUCAGUGGAUUAAGUAAACUUGCUCCUGAUGAAUAUGUGGAUGUGAAGUGGUCUGAUAAAAAUGAGCUGGAUAAGCUGUACAAGUUAACAAAUUUGCUACAGGUGGCUCUCAAAGCAAAAUUAGCAGAAAACGGAGAGGAGACUCAAGAGUUGGAGAUCCAAAAGGAAUUGCCUGUAGAAAUUUCAGAUUAUGGCAACAUCAUCCUGAGCAAUAAAAGCCAUCGGAAAAGAUUAAAGAACCAUCUGAAAAGGGUAAAGAGAGAUCACUGGCUUGGAAAAAAUGCAAGGGAAAAAGAGUUAUUUUUUAGGUUGUUCAGAAAAAACAUAGAAUUUGCAAAAGCCACUGGAAAACCCGCAGGAGAACAAGGAAAACUUGUUUUGUAUGCCAUGGCAGAAAAAUGGGAGAAGCUAGCAAGGGAACUAGAGCUUCAGAAGGUUGCUUCCCUUAACAGGGUUCUUCGAGCAGCACUUCAUUCCUUACAGAAUCACUCCAUUUCGAAUGUUCCAACUAAAAUGCCUCUCUUGACUGCUUCUAUUGUAGUUAAGGAUGGUGCUGAAGACUCAGAAACUUUGAACAAACACUUGCCUGAUAUAACAUUAUCUCAUGAGACACAUUGGGAGCAUCAUGAACAAACCAUCUCUGCUCCCCCUUUACUUCAUCUUUUGAGAGACAUUGUUGACAAGUUGCUUCAGAAGGAAUUCUAUGAAUUUGAGUUAAACACAGAGUUGGCAUCUAUCUUCCCAAGUGAGUCUGAAGCUCUUUUCAGGAAACUCUUUUCCCUCCUGGUCCAUAUUGUGAACAUGAACUGCAGAAAGCCCAAUAUGCAGAUGGCUUGUGCUAAAUUAAUCUCUACAAUAGAUCUUCUCUUGAGGGACUUCAGUGUGAAAACCAACCAGGACACACCUAUUCUAUGGAACUCCUACUUUUGGUCCGCUAAAAAUGUAAAUGAUAUGAUUACAGCAAGCUCCAGAAAAAUGGAGAAACCUUCUAAUGAGAUAGCAAGGCAGCGAAUUCCACAAUCUGGGCAUUACCAAAAGUUGCUGUUGGGUAUUUCAGUGGCAAUGGUGAUGAUGGUUAUGGUUGCAAUAAUUAUUUUGAUUACGUACCUCAGGAACAGAAGAAGAGGAACCAAAGGCACGUCAAAGAAAGUAAGUUCAGGAGAGGAAGAGGGAGGUGAAGAAAACUUUUCAUACUAUGAUCAUAUAUAGCUGGAAUAAAGCUGUAUAUCAUCUAAACCACUGUAAAAUUUAUUUUUUGUGGUUUAUAUUGAAUAUUAUUAAAUAUAUUAUCUGA